CUUUCUCCCUCCUGCAAUGAGUGCCUCCGUAGUCCCUACUCUCUCUGUCUCACUCUCGUUCUUCCCGCUUGGCUGCUUCCCCUCUCUCCAUUUUCCUCUCUCGUGAGUCUCUCCCGGAGAGAGAGAAAGAAAGAAAGAGAAGGGACGAAGGAUGGGCCAGCAAUCUCUGAUCUACAGCUUCGUGGCUCGGGGGACAGUUAUCCUUGCCGAGUACACGGAGUUGAGCGGCAAUUUCACGUCGAUCGCCUCUCAAUGCCUCCAGAAGCUCCCCGCCACUAACAACAGGUUCACUUACAACUGCGACGGACAGACCUUCAACUACCUUGUCGACGAAGGCUUCAUCUUUUGUGUAGUUGCAAGUGAGUCAAUACGAAGACCAGUGCCUACUGCGUUCUUGGAGAGGGUGAAGGAAGACUUUAAUAAGAGAUAUGGUGGUGGAAAGGCUGAGACUGCUGUUGCCAACAGUCUCAACAAAGAUUUUGGAUCAAAACUAAAGGAGCAUAUGCAAUACUGUAUUGAUCAUGCUGAGGAUGUAAGCAAGCUUGCAAAGGUGAAGUCUCAGGUCACUGAAGUGCAAGGUGUAAUGAUGGAGAAUAUCGAUAAGGUUAUAGACAGUGCUGAGAGGGUUGAUGUUCUGGUUGACAAAUCAGAAACCCUGCGCUCCCAGGCCCAGGACUUCAGGGCACAGGGCACAACCAUGCGAAGGAAGAUGUGGCUUCAGAACAUGAAGAUAAAGCUCAUUGUAUUGGGUAUUAUUGUUGCACUGAUCCUCAUCAUUAUCUUGACAGUUUGCCAUGGCUUCAACUGUAGUAAGAAAUGAAGAUUAAUGAGGAUCUAGAUUUUUUAUUGCUGUGUCUGCUGGAGAUCUCAACGAGGGCAGGAUGUGCACACGUAAAAGACAAUUAUCUAGCAGAUUCUCUACAUCUGUGGGUGUAUCACUGCGGUAUAUCAGUGUAUUUUGCCUGCAGACGACUUCUCAUCUGCAAUCAUUGUGAAAUGGUUUGAGACAAUCUAUGCCUUUGGUGCUGGAGUAUAUGUGUGUUUCUGUGUAUGAUUAUUUUAUUUAUCCAUUUGGAUUUGUAUAUUA